AUGAACUACCAGUAUACCGAUCAGCAGAAACAUGCUAGACAGGGAACAGGAACAGGGAUCCAUAACUCUAACAAAGGUCCUGUAAUUGCAGACCUCCAAGAGAACUAAGAGAUUGAUCAAGAUGAUUCAUGGACGGUAAUCAGGACUUACUUUAAACAAAAUGGUUUGCUUUCUUAGUAGAUAUCAUCUUUCGACAGAUUUAUGAGCUACAUCUUGCAAGACAUCAUUACUGAAAAUGGAGAAAUCUAGAUUGAGUUUACUCCUCAAUAUCAACUAAAUAGUAAGGUGACUGACACUGACAAAAACAUUGUCUUUGUGCUUAAAUUUGGCUAAGUUAGUGUGAAUGCAAGUCCAAGAAUAGUUGAGGAAGAUGAGAAAUAUGUGCCCAUAUUCCCACAUGAGGCUAGAAUGAGAAACCUCACCUAUGCUACUGAAGUCUACGUAGAUAUUAAUUUUAGCAAGACUGAGAUGAGUGACGACUAUGAGCUUGAUUAGAAAUCAGGAUAGAGAAAGAGAAGAAUUAAGCAAGUACUGUAAGAGUAUCAAAAAGCAAGAGUCUUAAUUGGCAAGAUUCCUGUCAUGCUAAGAUCAAAGUUCUGUCAACUGCACAACCUUAACUUAUUUGACAGAGUAAAGAGUGGGAAAGAUUGCUAGUAUGACUAAGGUGGCUACUUCAUCAUUAAUGGAAGUGAGAAAGUGAUUGUAGCUCAAGAGAGAAUGGCUAAUAACUAAGUUCUAGUCUUCCACAAGAAACCUCCUUCGAAAUAUUCUUGGGUCGCUGAAAUCAGAUCCUAAGCUGAAAGUUCAAACAGACCUCCAUAAUUGUUAAUUCUCUUCCUCAAAAGUAAAUUCAAAGGUUCUAAAUAAGUCAUCUCUAAUAAGUUUGGCCAAUGCAUUUAUGUCACAAUACCUCUCAUUAAAGAAUAGAUUCCAGUGGUUAUUUUAUUCAGAGCCCUUGGCUGUAUUUCUGAUAAACUCAUACUUAGUAGAAUCUGCUUUGAUUGCCCUGAUGAUGCCGAAAUGGUUGAAUCUUUAAGAGCUAGCUUGGAUGAAGCUAAAAUUAUUGAUACACAAGAAGAAGCACUAGAUUACAUUGCUAAGCGUGGCUCUGCUCAAGCAUAUGUCAAAGAAAAUAGAUUAAACUAUACAAAGUUGCUUCUUGAAAGUGAAUUUUUACCUCAUGUUUCUAUACUCCCUCAAGAUCUACCUAAGAAAUCAUUCUUCCUUGGCUAUAUGGUUAACAAACUACUAAAAGCCUACCUCGGGAGAAUAGAUGAAGACGAUCGUGACUAUUAUGGAAAGAAAAGACUUGAUAUGGCUGGUGCUUUGAUAGCAACUCAUUUCAGAUAACUAUUCAGAUAAUUUACAGAUACAAUGGGAAAAAUUCUAAAGAGGGACAUUGAUUCAGGCAAGGAACAUAUUAUGCUCUAAAGUGCUGUUAAAUCAGAUAUUAUAACAAGAGGACUAAGAACAGCAUUAGCAACAGGAAAUUGGGGCAAAGAUAAAAAUGGAGAUGUCUUAAAAACAGGAGUUGCUUAAGUUCUUAACAGAUUAACUUUUGCAUCUUCAUUAUCACAUUUAAGAAGACUGAACACUCCUAUGGCUAAAUAAGGAAAGCUAGCUAAACCACGUCAAUUACAUAAUACUCACUGGGGAAUGAUAUGUCCAGCUGAGACACCAGAAGGUGCUGCUUGUGGACUAGUAAAAAAUCUAGCACUAAUGGCAUUUGUGUCAGUUGGUUCAUCAACAUCAGUCUUACUGAACCUGCUAGAUGAUUUUGGAGUUGAGAGACUUGAUGAUGUUAAUCAACUUGGAACCGGAAGGAGUGUAAGAGUUUUUGUGAAUGGCAAUUGGUAUGGCACUCAUUCAAACCCUGAUGAUCUAGUAUUUUCAAUUAUGAGACUAAGAAGAAAGUUUUAAAUUCCAAAAGAAAUAGCAAUCAUCAGAGAUAUUUUAAACAAGGAGGUCAGAUUUUACACAGAUUCAGGAAGAGUAUAAAGACCCUUAUUCAUUGUAUAGAAUGGAAAAAUCAAACUUAAGAAGCAUCAUAUCUAAAGAAUGCUGAGGACUGACUAUGAAUCGAUGAACUUUGAUGAGGCCCUAAAAGAAGGACUUAUAGAAUUCCUUGAUGUAGAGGAGGAAGAAACUGCAAUGAUAGCAAUGCACAUAUAAGAUCUUAAGACGAAGCCAAUUACUACUUAUACUCACUGUGAGAUUCAUCCAUCUAUGAUCUUAGGCGUUUGUGCAUCUAUCAUUCCUUUUCCAGAUCACAAUCAGGUAAUACAUAGUUUUAAAUUAACAGAUAUAUAGUCGCCUAGAAAUACUUAUCAGAGUGCAAUGGGGAAAUAAGCAAUGGGAAUUUACACUAGUAAUCAUUCUAUUAGAAUGGACACACUUGCACACGUACUGUACUAUCCACAGAAGCCUCUAGUCUGCACAAAAUCUAUGGAUUUUCUUCAUUUCAAAGAGCUACCAGCUGGUUGUAAUGCAAUAGUUGCAAUAGCUUGCUACACCGGUUAUAAUUAAGAGGACUCAAUUAUAUUCAAUUAGUCAUCAAUUGACAGAGGUCUUUUUAGAAGUGCCUUCUUUAGAACAUAUAGUGACACUCAAGAAAAAGAUGAAUAGUUUGAGAUUCCUGACUUUAGAAAAUGCUCUGGUCGCAAGCAUGGCACUUAUGAUAAGCUAGAUAUUGACGGAUUAAUCAACCCUGGAAAUCUUGUAAGCGGUGAUGAUGUAAUUAUCGGUAAGAGCUCACUCAUCAGAAUGAAUGAUAAUUAGAAUGACUAGUAAACUGAUCCGUUCUAUUUCGUCAAGUCUAGAAAAGAUUGUUCAAUCUGCAUUAAACAUUCUGAGAAUGGGAAAAUUGACUAAGUUGUACUCACAGUAAAUGAAUAAGGUGAGAGAUUUGCAAAGGUCAAAAUGAGAUCUGAAAGAAUACCACAGAUUGGAGAUAAAUUUGCUAGUAGACAUGGAUAAAAAGGUACAGUUGGAAUGACUUAUAGAAUGGAGGAUAUGCCAUUUACAAGAGAGGGCAUCGUACCUGAUCUCAUAAUCAAUCCUCAUGCUAUCCCAUCAAGAAUGACUAUUGGCCAUUUGGUUGAAUGUUUAGGAUCAAAAGUUGCAGCACUUACAGGCACAGAGGGAGACGCUACUCCGUUCUAAAAGGUAGGUGUCAAGGACACUGUGGAGUAGAUCUCUAAAAGACUUCAUUAGCAAGGCUAUCAGCUAAGAGGAAACGAGGUGAUGUAUAACGGAUUCAAUGGUAAAAAGAUGGAAGUAAUGAUAUUCCUUGGGCCAACUUACUAUCAAAGGCUAAAGCACAUGGUAGAUGAUAAGAUUCAUUCUAGAGGGAGAGGCCCCACCUAAAUCCUAACCAGACAACCAACAGAGGGAAGAUCAAGAGACGGAGGGUUAAGAUUUGGUGAGAUGGAAAGAGAUUGUAUGAUAUCUCAUGGAGCAGCUAGAUUCCUGAAGGAGAGACUCUUUGAUGUUAGUGAUUUCUACAGAGUGCACAUGUGCGAGAUAUGCGGACUUAUAUGUGUUGGAAACCUUGCAGAGCAGAGAUUUGAGUGCUACAACUGUCAGAACACUUCAAAGAUAUGCCAAGUUAAUAUUCCUUAUGCCUGCAAGUUAUUGCUCCAAGAACUAAUGGCGAUGCAGAUUGCUCCUAGGCUAAGAGUCCACGAUUUAAAAUGA